AUGUCGACCGAUAGGAAGAAGCUUGCAGGCGUGGCAAAGGCGUCUGGUUCCAAGAAUAAAACUACAUUAAAGCAGAAGAGUUUACUCGAAUCCUUUGUUGUGAAAAGCAACAAAAAUGACAAAGCUGGUGGCAAUAACCAAUUGUCUGUACCCCCUCCCGACCUUCUUCCCACUGAAGUGGAUGGCCCUGCCACUCCAUCGGUAGACAACUCAAUUCUACCAUUAGAACUCGACGAUACCAUUGUACCCUUACUAGACGUGACCAUCCCAGAUGUCGAGCUGGAAGCAAGACCUACUCAAAUACUAGACCUAACUACUCCGGAUGUGGAAUUAGACGAAUCGGGUACAGUUGUACAAGUUGUGGAUGCAACCCGACGGAGCCCUUCUAUUGUACUUUUAGAGGAAGAUGCAGCUAUCCAAGUAUCUCAAGCCGUCUCGUCUCAGACGAGCAAAUCCAAAGCCAAAGUGGAAGGUUACACUAGAGACCAGCCGAUCGUUAUACCAUCCUCACCCAUCAAGGAGUCAACAAAUCCCAAGCCUAAUGUGCCUGUACACCCCUUUUUCAUGUCCAAAGCAAAGCCUACCGCUUCUUCUACGCCAUUGCCCACUAAAACAUCUAAAAAUGCACUACCGAACCAGGGUCCACCUUUUCCAAAUAGCGAAUCCCAGCAUGUCAAAGGACCUCAGACUGCGACCCAAACCUAUGUCGCAUCGUUUCCAAACCGAUCUCGGACUAUUCCUAGCCAGAUGACCCUAGGGAUGACGAAUUAUAAAUUCUUAAUCGGCCGUCCUGACAUCGUGGUAGACAAAGCGAGCGAUAUUUGGAUACAUCCCAAGGCUGAUACUCCUAAUGAACCCUCCAUUCUUGACAUUCCACCUGAACAUAUCCAUAAUCACCCGGCUAUUGCGCGACUCGUGGAAAACGGACCGGAUUGUUUACCGACGUCGAGUCGUCCCUGGUCUGAGAAGUGGCGUCCGUCGUGCGCAAAGGAGGUUCUGGGCAAUGAAAACAGUGCGAUCUAUCUUCGUAACUGGCUGCGCGCACUCGAACUACAAUUGGAAAGCGAUCAUGACAACAGCGCAAAGUUUGGAGAGGGCUCUAAUACCAUGAAAGGAAAAUCCAAAGCAAACGCUGGGAGGGGUACGAAGCGGGUUCGUGUCGUGCGAACGGUGGAUAAAAGCAGGAAGAAGUCACGCCUGGACUCGGACGAAGAAGAUGACGAUUGGAUCGUGUACGAUGAUGAAUCUGAGGAAGAGCAAGUCAAUUUUGAAGAGCUGGACGAGUUUGGAGAAAUCUUACUACCCGAGGUUCCCGCGAGCAGCUCCCAGUCUUCGUCUACUCACGACCUGCCACCCUCUUUCGUUGAAUGUACAGAACAGGAUCUGGGGCAGCUGCACAAUACAAUAUUGCUCUCAGGCCCGUCAGGAAGUGGCAAAACGGCGAGUGUCUACGCAUGUAGCGAGGAGUUGGGCUGGGAUGUUUUUGAGGUGUAUCCUGGUGUGGGACGACGAAAUGGGGCAAACGUGGACAACCUUGUUGGUGAGGUUGGGAAGAACCAUCUUGUGCUUCAGAAUCGUAGGAACGGCGAUGUUUUGAAGAGCUUUCUGUCCCAAAAGAAGAAUACAGAGGCACCGCAAGAGUCGCUGGUGGCAUCGUACUCGCCUCGGAAAAGGAGGACGGAUAAAGAUCCAUUCGAUGUCGAAGAACCAGUCAACGAUUCAAAACCUAUUCGCCAAUCGCUUAUUUUAUUGGAAGAAGUUGAUAUACUUUACAAGGAAGAUAUUAAUUUUUGGACCACUGUUAUACGGAUCAUCAAAGAGUGCAAACGGCCUGUGAUUUGCACAUGCAACGACCCGACGUUGGUGCCGACACAGGAUCUGCCUCUGCAGACGAUCAUUGAGUUUGAGCCAUGCCCGACUGAUGUAGCAGCGUCAUAUCUGCAAGCAGUAUGCUUGUCGGAGGGCUACCAAGUGGACCGCAAUCUUAUCUCGCGGAUGUACCUUUAUCCCCUUGAAGGAGAUCGGACAGGGCUAUAUUCAGCGAGUUGUCGAACAGCUGGUCGUGAUCUCCGGCGGACAAUCAAUGCUCUGCAAAUCAAGUGCGGGAGAUUUACAAGAGCAACGGCCAAUGAGGAGAGAGAUAGAAGCAAAGACGGCCCGGGUGUGGUGCGCAGGAUGGCAUUUGGCGAGAAGAGCGAGUUUCUGUCGUUUUUAGACGCAGAGCUCGUCCGAGAUUCGUCUGGGAUUGCUACGGGGGCAGAGCUAGCGAGCUAUGUGCCGACCAACGACGACGAGACAGGACACACCAUACUAUAUGAUCGACAGAGGGCAGACAGGGAGGACUUUGGACAGCACGAAGACAUAAUAUGUUGUGCGGUAGAAAGUGGACAGAAAGUGCACGGCGAUGAUGUGCCUGAAGAGGCGAGAGAAGACGGGGAGGUGCUGCGUGUGCUGGAGGAGGUGAGACCAGUGCGGGCCUGGACACGAAGACUGGCGCUGGAGUAUCUGCCGUAUGUGCGGUGGAUGGUGGUCCUAGACGAGGCGGAAGAAGAGCGGAUACGAUUGCAGGGACAGGGACAGGGAAUGCGCAAAACACGGAAUAGCGGGCGGAGCGACUAUGUACGGAGAAUGGCGCUAAGCGAGACGGGACGGCGGAUAGUAGUUAGCACAGGACUUGGUAUCGUGGAUGGAGCGUGA